ACACAGCACAAAUAUAUGCUAACACUGGUACUGGUGUGCUGAUGGCAAUGUGAAUGUGUUGCACAAAGGCACUGUAAAACUAAAACAUUCAGCUCUAGAUAAACACACACAGCAUGCAUGACACGUUGUUGAGCCUGCGAGUCACGAUUUUCCAGUAGUGAUUAUUUUGAGUGGAGAAUAAUUAGACUAAAUGAGUGGCUGUCAGACAGCAAGGAACAUGGGUUUUACAAAAUAAUACAUAGCUGAGUUCACUGCUUCCUAAAAAGAUUGUCUCCACUGCUGCAUGGAAGGUCAUAUAACACAAAAUUAAUCAGACUGAAGAAAGAAUGCAUUUGAAUGUGUCCUUAGAGUGAGGUCACACAGAGGACAGAUGCUUCAUUUAUGUGAAAACAUAGCUUAAAGAAAAAAUGAGAAUCUCAGUGAGUGUAUUAAGCCAUCAAGCCAAAUAUUAAAUCUAAAUAAAAGUAAAUAUUGUUCAGUUAAAAAGAAAAUGAUCAAGACUAUAAACUUCAACACAGGUAAUGGGAAUGAAUUCUACAUCAGAGCAGAAACCAGUCAAGAAGAAGUCAGUCAAGGCUUAUAGCAAAAAAACUUUCCACACUUCUAGACCUGCAACCAAGAAUAACUUUCAUUAUUGUUAAUAUUUUUUUUCAAUUUACCUGCUUGAUUAUUUAGACUAGAAAAGGUCAGAAAAUAUUAAAGAGCAUCCAUCUCCUUCAAAUCUUUCACAACCCAAGGUGACAUCUUCAUUGGUUAUUUUAUUUAUCCAUCAGUCCAAAGUACAAAGAUUAUCAAUUUACAAUCAUUUAAAACUAAAAAGUUACAUUACUACAUAUUAACAGCUGAAAAUAAAUAAAUACUUGGAAUUUUUGUUGAAUAAAUGACAAAUGAUAAACUGGUUAGUAAAAUAUUUAAUGCCUAACUUUGUUUUUUUCUCUUUGAUAGGUUACUUACAGGAUAUACUUUUUGCCUCCCUGAUCUGACACCUUGCUCAGACCUGGCAUUCCGUCAGAGAUAUACUUUAUUUAAAUGCAGCCUGGGUCUUUUGCCAGAAAUUGGUAGACAUGUUGACAACAGUAGGCAUUUCACCAGACUCGAUGUGAUUGGUUGGUUGGAUUUUUAAAAAAGUUGCGUGGUUAAAGCUAAGGUAAGCCCACAUUGUCAACAUGUCCCAUGCUUUAGUUGCAGGCAUUAUAUCUUCCUUAAAAAUUACAGUAAAAUGAAGGAAAAGUGGCAUAUGUUCUACAACUACAGCAGAAGUGUUGGAUCUGUAAUAUUCAACCAUAGACUAGGACAAGUAACAAUACAGAAUAUUAGUUACAAAUAUAUUUAUAAUGUGUGUCAUACAACCCCAGCAGGGAUGGACCAUUUUAAAAGGUAGGACAAAAAAGUACAGAAAACUCAGCAAAAAAACUCAAAACUCUCAUGUAUUGUACUACACACUCACACUACAAUGGCUGAACAUUUUGAUAUAUUAACUAAAUUUGCUCAAAUGGUUUAAAUAAAGGGUAACUAUUUUUAACCAAGAAGGAGAACAAAUAAUCAAAGGCAUAAUCCACAACAACAAGUCCACAGCAAAAAUAACCCAUGUAAUAAUUGCACAGGUUAUGGCAGAUUGUGAUCGUUACACCAUGUGCCAUGUGUUCAGGUAGGUAGUGUUUACUUAUACUCUUUAUACACUUUGUCCCGGCAUUAUCUCUGUCAACUUUCAAAGCUGAAUCCAGUUAGUUUUCAUUCAUAGCAUUCUGCUAAUACAUACAUCUCCUUCAUGGAGCAACACACUUAUCAUUGUGUUUUAUUCAGCUAAUGCAGACAGCAGAAAUAAUACAAGGACACAAAUAAUUGUAGUCAUCAGAGGUUUCAAUAAGCGACAACUUCUGGCUUUAGCAGCCAACUACACAUUUAAGUCCAUCCCCAGCUACUGGACUCAUUUUUGAUACUAACAAAGUAAUUUUGAAUAUUAAGUUGCAAUUCACAAUUUAUUCAUUUGCACAUUUCACAACCACUAGCCUCCACUUCAAAACAAUGCAAGCAUGAUGAUAGAGAAAUGCGUAUGCAGCGGUCUCACCACCACAUGCUCGAUGUGAAUGUGUGUGCAAGUGUGCGCACAUGUGCAUGCGUAUGCACUGAGCUGACAGGUUGUAGACUGCAAAGAAGAAAGCCAAGAGUCACUUUGUGUUAGUGACAAAUAUUAGCAAAAUAACAGACAACAAAACACAUUACGAAUUGCAGUGACUGCAUGGACAGGACAUCCUCAUUAGAUGGGCUACUUUUGAAAACACAGCUGGCAACCACUGGACAGUUGUGCAGCAAGCACUGGAAAGUCCACUGAAAGUGCUGCAUUUUUCAUGCACACAACACAGACAUUUAUCGGCUUACUGAAUGAACAAAUGAAUGAAUUCGCUUUAUUUACAUUGGGUUUUGUACAGCAGAAGAUGAAUAGAUAUGAACUAAUUCAUAUCAGGGUAUUCAAACGAUGUAAGUCAGAUGAUUUGCAUGCUGAGUUAUUAUUGGCAUUUACAAAUAAUUUACUAUAAAGCCAGUACAUAGGCUAGAUAAGAGAUGAGACCAAAAACAUUGCCCUAUAAUAUAUCCCUGUUUAUUUUCAUUAAAUAAGAAUGAUUUAUGCUUCUGAUAAAAUAAUAUAUCAUCCAUCAUAGUGGUAUGUCUUAAUAAAACUUAAAGUAAAGGCUUCAGUUAAUGGAAUUCUUAAGUACAAUGGUUCUGAUCAGUCAGGAAUAGGCAUGGUAAUAAAAAUAAUUGCUAUCCAUGGACUUUGUGGGCUAAAACACACAAGAGGCCUAAUUUUUCUUUAUAAAAAUCCCUCCAAGUUUCCAAUCUGUUAUGGUAACCUUAAUUUAUUAUGCAAGAAUUAAGAUCACAGAAUAGGAUAGGAUAUUCACUGUAGGGUAUGUCCCCAGAUCUCCCUUGCAGUUUAAGUUUUCCCAUUGGCUCAGUACUCAGUAUCCUUGUGGAAAACCCCAGUAAACAUAAAUGGGAAAACCAAUUUUUACAGGUACUUUGUCACAGAUAAUAAAAAGUGUACUGUAAAUUAAAACUGCAAUUCAUUCUCUUUACAUGCCCAUACAAAAACAAUAGUUAUAAACACAAUUUUCUGAAAGGACUAUUUUUUCAAAAGCUUGAAAAUAGUAAGGUAGUAUGUCUACAGAUAAAACAAAUACAUCGUCUAAAAAAAUUUUUUCGGAAAUUGACCAAAUUUUGAUCUGAAUCUGGAAUCUUCUGAUGGAACAAUUCAGUAAUCCUGACUAUGAAUCCAAUGUGGCAUGCAUUGCAUUCAUUCAGUAUCAACAGCAUAAACUAGUCAUGAGCAAAGUCUUUAAGUUAGAUCUCAAGGACUCAGUUCAGCAACAACAUAUUGAAACAGUGUGUGGCCUGUUGUGACACUUAGUCAGCAGAUCAUUUCAUGGACUUAGACAGUCUACAGAGAUCCAGUUCACAGUUUUCAGCACUCAUUUGCUGAACAACGCAUGACAAGAACCAUCAAAGACAAAAAGCAAGUCAUCGAAAACCGAUUAAACACACAUUCAGCACACACGAACAAGAGCACAAAUAAUCAGAGGCAGACGUUCAAUUAACACAGAAAGAGCAAGCAAUGCAUCAUGGGAUGAUAAACGAGUUGAAAUUAGAUGGUGGACACUUAAUGCAACAUAGAGACCUGGGGGAAACCGUUCAUUUCAAGGUGACCCAUUUCUUUCUUUGGCAUUAUUUAACUGACAUCUUCCAUCCUUCAUCUUUUCACUCUUUAGGAUUAAAUAUGAAAUGUGACAGAGGAAGGACACAGGAGAGAGGGAUGACGAUGAUGAUGACAGAGGGACAUGACACCAUCCUCUGCUUCAAUACAUUCUUUUCUUGCAGUCUGUGAAGGAUAAAGCAGGAGUACAAAAGCAGUGGAUUUCUAAGAGUAACAGGUCCAGUGUCUUUGAGUGGUAUCUAAGGAUUCUGUGUGACCUACAUCUGGGUCUCUGACCCUUGGUGCAUCUCCAUCCCUCUCUUGGAACAAAGGGAAUUGAAUGUGUUAAGUGGGUUAGACCCAGAGGAACAACUAUACAAGCUUGUUGUCUCUUUACUUUUUUUGUAAACAUUUCUCUAUUUUGCAUUCUCUGUUUUCUCCCUUUACUAUUCCACGGAAUCUGAAAUCACCAGCCUGUUAGUGGUCUGAUAUAAUGCGCUAUGGACCUUAUCGAGACCUUCACCAUCUACACAGAGAUAAAAAGACAAGUGUGAAAGACAUCCAAUACCUGAGACGUGGGGAGUCGUAGAGAGAGAAGGAUUGUUCUGUCAUCGGCAUAAUUUUCAGGCGAGGAUGACACUGAUGGCAACAGUUCAAGCACAACAGACAAUGACGAGACAGAGCUUCGCAUGAAAGAAAGCAUUGAUCUUAGUGCACCGCACUGAUGUUGCAAACCACAUGCCCCCCAAUGAGGGGUGGGUGUGUGUUGCUUUCUGUGUUUCACAAACAGACUUUUCUCUUGGCUUGAGUGCAACCAGCAUACACAAAGCUAAAGCUCACAGAAUAUUUUUCAAACUCCAUUAAAUUUCAGUCUGUUCAGAGAAGGAAUGCUGCAAAUCAAAUGGAUGAAGUGACGAUUGAUCUUGCCAAGUCUGAAUAUGGUGGGGUGGUCUGAUAUGCUCCAGCAAGUUCCUUGUGGCUACUUCGACUGCUGCUGAGCUGGAGAGGACACUGCUGGGAAAGUACUGGCCUCUUCCUCCCAUUAGGAGAAUGCACACACCCCCAGUGCUGAUCUCUGCAGCCACAAUGAGCAACAUGACAGUGCUUGACACUGCUGACCCGUAUGACCUUGACAUGACCUCCUCUGAGGCCAUCUACCCUAUCAGUUUCCAGGUUUCUCUGACAAGCUUCCUGCUUUUGGAGAUAGUUUUGGGCUUGAGCUCCAACCUCACUGUGCUGGUCCUCUACUGUAUGAAACAGAAUCUCAUCAGCUCAGUCUCCAACAUCAUCACCAUGAACCUGCAUGUAGUGGAUGUGUUGGUGUGUGUAUGCUGCAUUCCGCUGACAGCUGUGGUUGUGCUACUUCCGUUGGAGGUGUACACAGCCAUGAUCUGCUGUUUCCAUGAGGCUUGCGUCUCAUUUGCAAGCGUAGCUACUGCUGCGAACGUCCUGGCCAUCACUGUGGACCGCUAUGACAUCUCAGUAAGGCCAGCGAACCGUGUGCUUACAGUGGGCCGAGCCGUGGCUCUGCUGGGAUCCCUUUGGGCUUUAUCUUUUUUUAGUUUCUUGGUUCCAUUCAUGGAAGUACGUUUCUUCAUCAGCUCUGGUUCAGAUCUUGUAAACCAGACAGCCGUGAUAACAGUGGCUCAUACAAAUGAGUAUUACACAGAGCUGGGUCUGUACUAUCACCUGCUAGCACAGAUUCCUAUAUUUUUCUUCACAGCUGUGGUAAUGCUGGUGACUUACUACAAGAUUCUUCAGGCGCUUAACAUUCGCAUUGGAACACGUUUUCAGCAUAACUUACCUAAAAAGAAGCAAAAGAGCAAAAACACUAUCUCACUGAGCACAGCAACGCAGGCAGAGUCGACUGACGCUUCGCAGAGCAGCACAGGAGUGAGGGCAGGUGGAAAUGCACCUUUGGGGAUGCGGGCAUCAGUGUCCGUCAUUAUUGCGCUAAGACGAGCAAUGAAGCGUCAUCGGGAGAGACGGGAGAGACAAAAACGAGUCUUCAGGAUGUCUCUUCUCAUCAUCUCCACAUUCCUACUUUGCUGGACUCCAAUAACUGUGCUCAACACCAUCAUCCUCAGCACUGGGCCCAGUGACUUGACUGUCCGCCUCCGUUUGGGUUUCCUGGUGAUGGCCUAUGGAACCACCAUCUUUCACCCACUUCUCUAUGCUUUCACUCGGCAGAAGUUUCAAAAGGUUUUGAAGAGCAAGAUGAAGAAGAGGGUGGUGUCUGUAGUUGAAGCUGACCCUACACCAAACAAUGUGGUCAUCCAUAAUUCAUGGAUUGACCCCAGGAGAAAUAAGAAGGUCACUUUCGAAGACACAGAAGCCAGGCAGAAGUGUCUAUGCUCACAAGAUGCAGAGUAACCUGAUUAACUCAAGUGUAAAUAUGUCAGAUAUGUAGUCUAUACUACAGUGAAGUCAGAAAAACUCUUGAAACUAGUGUUUCUAAGAGAGAUCAUGGAGUAUUGUUUAUGCAAAUAAAAAAAUGGAAAGUCCCCCAGCAAGCUAAGAGGUGGUGUGCUCAUAAAACAAUAAAGUAUGUAAAUCUUGGGGAGCUUACUAAAGCAAUGCAAAAAGAAAAGAAAAUGUUUCCUAAUAACAAAGGAAUUCACAGUUAAGAAGAGGGGUUUCCUUGGUACACACCUUGCAUGUGAAAAGGGAAAUUACCAGCAGCUGAAUACAUAUGAAUUCAAGGACUGAACUUCAGUGCAAAGAAAAAGUCUCAAAAUAGUUGUCAUAGACACAUUAAGAGGGUAAUUUAUUACUAUUUAUUGUGGAGCGUUGUGGAGUGCCACCAAGGACAAUUCAGACAUAACUCUGUAUCAAAGCAGUAGUGUGUGUUGUUUUCUGGUUAAUGUUAUACAAUAUAAGAUAAACAUUUAUGUACAGUCAUAGAACACCUUGAUAUUGUUUGUCACCAUUUGUAAUAAACAACCAAAGGCACAA